CUAUCAGUUCCGAUACUGUAACUCUCUGCCGGUCUUCGUAUCCAGUCCCGUUGCAAACAGCCUCUAACGAUGGUUCUCGUGCUGGGCUUCAGCCUGUUGGCCACUCUGCUGGCCAGCUCGGCCGACACCGUUCUGGAGUGUCCGGCCGUCUCGGACCACGGUACGGUGCAUCUGGCCCACCCGACGGACUGUCAACGGUACUUCACGUGCGUCGGAGCACGGAAGGUUGAACAGCGCUGCCCAGCCGGGUUCGAGUGGAACGUGCUCGAGUCGUCCUGCGACCGGCCGGAGUUGGCCAAGUGUUCCCCGGCUGGCGGUGCGGUGGCGCAGGAUCGGCGACCGGGUGGCGAUCUGGUCAGCAAGUGUCCGGCCCAGUUGACCCGCUGCCCACUGGACGCGGACCCGGCGAAGGAGGUGAUCUUCUUGCCGCACCGGGACUGCCGCAAGUUCUACGCCUGCGUUUCGACCGUACCGACCGAGCUGAGCUGCCCGAAGCGGUUGUACUGGAACCACGAGUCCUGUCGGUGCGACUACGAACGGCCGGCCGGGAAGGAGUGUGACCCGGACGCUUCGAAGGGUGGGGCUCGCGCUCGAGUGCGCCGAUCGGACGAUGACGAUACCACGACGACCGAGGCACCAAUCCAGAAUGGUGCAAACCUUCGAUGCUUUUCUUCUGUGGCGAUCCUACUCGGAACACUCCUAUUAAAUCUGGACUUCUGAGAGCGACCGCAUGGUAUUGGGAUGGGAUUUUAUUAAGAACUUCUACAAGUCCUUCACGAAUUCACGGAAGACCUUGAGUUGGAGGAGUCAUCAGAAAAAAUAACUGUAAGUUGAUAUAGAAAAUAAACGGGUGUUAAUAAAAACAGCAGCUUUC